UUGCCUCCAAGCUCCCCUUCCUUCGCUCCGACCAUCCGGACGGCUUACUCGGAAAGUCGGCCGUUUUCUGCUGCUGCGAAGGUAGUUUAUAGUGGUCCUUCUUCCAAGUUCUUCAACUUGAACUGCGAGGUCAACUUUGAUUCUUUCACAUCUUACUGCGACGCACGAUUCUCCGCGAGCAAUGUUCCACGCGCCACCGCAGAGAUAGUGGUGGAUAGCGCGACAGAAAAGGGGGAAGGGAGUGGGGGGAGGGUUCUCGGAUUUGGACUGGUAUACUCAAACACACCAGCCGAUUUCGACUUUAAGCUUGAAAGCCUUGCCCAGCGUUUUCCGUCCUUGUCUGAAUUCGCAGAGCACCUUGCUGCAUCUGUUGACAUAGUAUUCCCAGUUAUUCAUGGUCAGUUUGGCGAAGAUGGUGGCAUACAGGAAUUGCUAGAGAAAUACAAUAUUCCUUUUGUUGGCAUAGGAUCAAGUGAGUGUCGUCGUGCAUUCGACAAGUAUGAAGCCUCCUUGGAACUCAGAAAACAAGAGUUUGUUACGGUACCAAACAUUUUAGUUCAGGGAAGUGAACCCAAAGAAUCUGAAGUAGGUAAAUGGUUCACAAGAAACCAGCUGGACACCAAAUCAGGGAAAGUAGUGGUGAAGCCAGUCAGAGCAGGAUCAAGCAUUGGUGUUACAGUUGCUUAUGGAGUUGCCGAUGCAUUGAAGAAGGCAAAGGAUAUAAAAUUAGAGGUGGAGCUUCAUUUUAAUGAAGACGAUGCAAUCUUCAAUUACAGAAGGAAGUACCUUCCAACUCGACAGCUUGAAGUUAUUCCUUGUCUGCUUGCACCCUCAGAUGGCCGGUCUUCUAAUGCUGGAUCACAGACAGUUUGGUCAUUGCCACACAACGUAGAAGAAGUUCUUGAUGCUUGCACUGAAGCAACUGACCCAUCUAGGGCUUCAUUAACAUCUCAGUUGCGCAAGCAAGUGAUGGGUGAUUUGAUGGAAGGACUUGAGAAGCACCGCUGGUUUAAUGGGUUUGAUGUUACUGAUGAAAAACCUGUAAAGUUCUCUCUUCAGGAUUGGAUUAAGCAUGCCAAAGAAGUGCAAGCAACGGUAUUCCUUACAGCUUGUAAUGCACAAUUCCUAGUUCACGGAGACUUUGGUGAAGAUGGUACACUUCAAUCCUUGAGGCUGCUGCAAGCCGAAGGAGUUCCAUAUACAGGUCAUGGGAUACUGGCAUCAAAGAUUUGUAUGGAUAAAGUGGCUACAUCUUUGGCUGUUAGUCAUGUAUGUUGUUCUGAGGACCUUACAGUUUAUGUAGCAGCAUUGGAAGAACGUCUCCCACGGAUUCCACCCAACAGUUUUUCAAAUGCACAUGGACCGAUUGAAAUGCCAAAUCCUCCUCCAGAGAAGUUGAUCUUUGAGCCCUUUAUCGAGAUGGAUGGAAUCAUUGUCUCUUCUAAGUCCGCAGACGGGCUAUUGUGGGAAGGAGAGAGCCGAUGGGUGGAAAUAAAAGUUGGUGUAGUGGGGAAACGUGGUUGCAUGCAGUCACUUUGUCCGAGCAUUACUGUCAAGGAAGGUGGUGAUAUUUUAUCACUGGAAGAGAAGUUUCAGGGUGGAACCGACAUUAAUCUUACUCCUCCACCACCAUCGAUUGUCAGUGAGGAAGCAUUGGAGAAAUGUAAGCAGCGCAUUGAGCUGGUAGCAAACACACUGGAGUUGGAGGGGUUUUCCAGAAUUGAUGCCUUUCUUAACGUUGACAGUGGAGAGGUACCCAUUUCUAAACUGUGA